AUGAGUUCGUCUGGCAGUGAGCUUGCACCGAACUUUGCUCCCUUCUUUGGGUUUGCAGGAUGUGCUGCCUCCAUGAUAUUCUCUUGCGUGGGAGCCGCCUUCGGCUCCGCUAAGUCGGGCAUUGGUAUUGCUGGUAUUGGUACUUUCAAGCCUGAGCUCAUCAUGAAAUCGCUUAUUCCUGUGAUUCUAUCAGGUAUUUUGUCUGUGUAUGGUCUUGUUGUGUCUGUGUUGAUCGCAGGUGACUUGAACCCUCAGGAUGAAUACACGUUGUUCAAUGGAUUUAUGCAUUUGGCUUGCGGGCUGUCGGUAGGAUUGGCAUGUAUGGCUUCUGGUUAUGCAAUUGGUAUUGUGGGCGACGAAGGUGUCAGACAACUCAUGCACCAGCCCAGGUUGUUCGUUGGCAUUGUAUUGAUUUUGAUUUUCGCCGAAGUUUUGGGAUUGUAUGGAUUGAUCAUUGCAUUGAUCUUGAAUACCAAGGGCAACUAA